ACUUUAAGCGGGGAGUUUGUUGUUGGCGGAAAAGCCUCAUCCCGAAAGUCUCAACAAAUGUUUUCCUCUGACUCUCUCUGACCGAGUUAUACAUAUUUCGGAUUUACCUGCUGAGUUUAAUUCACAUGAGUGUUUAGCGUGUCGGCGACGGCUAAUCCAGGAAAGUUUCCGCAUAACGUCCGACUUUAAAAGCGGUAAGUUUUUUAUUGUUUGUGAGCUAAAGGAGAAGCCUGACAGACUGAAGCUAACUGCGGCACGCUAGUUUGUGUGAAUGAGGAAGACGACAUGAAGAGGCUGAAGAGUAGCUCUGCUCAAGUGUUUACACUCCUGUUUUAGCCAAAUGGUUUUCUGACAAGUCGUUUUUUGUUAAAUAACCCAUUAGUUGGACUUAAAAAAGUAAUGACAGGUUGUUUUGGUGGCGUUUUAAUCAGACCUAUAAUUUUAGUCGUUAACUGUGAUGCAAACUGAAAAGGCUUUUCUCUUUUAUUAGAUGGAGAUUUCUCCUGUCUGCACUGAAGGCAUCAGCUCAAAUGGCUUUACUCAAACAAAAUCCGACAGAGGCUCCAGGAGGAGUAAAAUUCCCCGUAAGUAUGAAAUUACGCAGAAAAAGAAAACAUUAAAACGAUUUUUGAAAACAGGUACAGUGGAUAUAAAAGAGUCUACACACCCCUGUUCAACUGCCAGGUUUGAGUGAUGUGAGAAAAUGACAACUUUUUCCGCCUUUAAUGUGACCUAUAACUUUCACAAUGCAAUUGAAAAAACAAACUGAAACCUUUUAAGGGGAAAAAAAUAAAAUAGAAAAGUUAAAAUAACCUGGUUGCAUAAAUAUGCACACCCUUAAACUAAUACUUUGUUGGAGCACAUGUGGCUUUUACUACAGCACUCAGUCUUUUUGGGUAGGAGUCUAUCAGCAUGGCACAUCUUGAUGUGGCAAUAUUUGCCCACUCUUCUUUGCAAAACCGCCCCAAAUCUCACAGAUUGCAAAGGUAUCUCCAGUGCACAGCCCUCUUCAGAUCACCCCACAAAUGUUCCAUGGGAUUCAGGUCUGGACUCUGGCUGGGCCGUUUCAAAGUCUCAAUCUUAUUCCAGUAAAGCCAUUCUUUUGUUGAUUUAGAUGUGUGCUUUGGGUCAUUGUCGUGCUGAAAGAUGAAGUUACUCUUAAGCUUUCUAGCAAAAGGCCCAAGGUUUUGUGCCAACACUGACUGGUAUUUGGAACUGUUCAUAAUUCCCUCCACCCUGACUAAGGCACCAGUUCCAGCUGAAGAAAAACAGCCCCAAAGCAUGAUGCUGCCACCACCAUGCUUCACUGUGGGUAUGGUGUUCUUUUGGUGAUGAGCAGUGUUGUUUUUGCACCAAAUAUACCUUUUGCAAUGAUGCCCAAAAGUUCAACUUUGGUUUCAUCAGACCAUAACACAUUUCCCCACAUGUGUUUGGGAGAUUUCGAAAGUCUUUUUGCAAAAUUAAGCCGGGCUUUGAUUUUUUUCUUUGUAAGAUAAGGCUUCUGUCUUGCCACCCUACACCAUAGCCCAGACAUAUGAAGACAACGGGAGAUUGUUGUCACAUGUACUACACAGCCAGUACUUAAUUCGUAAUUCCUGCAGCUCCUUCAGUGUUGCUGUCAGCGUCUUGGUAGCCUCUCUGACCAGUUUUCUUCUCGUCUUAUCAUCAUCAAUUUUGGACUGACGUCCUGUUCUUGGUAAUGUCACCAUUGUGCCAUAUUUUCUCCAGUUGAUGAUUAUGGUCUUUACUAUGUUCCAUGGUAUAUUCUAUUCCUUGGAAAUUCUUUUGUAGCCCUCACCUGACUGAUAUCUUUGAAUAAUGAGAUCCCUCUGAUGCUUUGGAAGCGCUCCGCUUGUGCUGGAAGAUGUGGCUACAAAAAUGUCAGGAAAAGCUACUAGAAGAGCAGAACUUUAUUUGGGGUUGAUCAGAGGCACUUUAAUUGGUGACAGGUGUGUGCUGACUCCAAUUUAACCUGAGUUUGAAUGUUAUUAGUUAAAUCUGAACGCAGCCACAUCCCCAGUUAUUAAAGGGUGUGCACACUUAUGCAACCUCAUGAUCUCAGUUGUUCAUUUUUACUUAACCUCCCUGAAAGAUUUCUCUUUGUUUUUCUAUUGUGUUGUACAGGUUAUAGGUCACAUUACAGGUGCAAGAAGUUGUGAAAUUAUUUAUCUUGAUUUAAUUUUUUUACAAGACAAAAACCUGGCAGUUGAACAGGGAUGUGUAGACUUUUUAUAUCCACUGUAUAACAAUGCGUUUAUACCGCAAUGUUUGAUUAAAGAGUCACUUUUUGUUUCUAAUGUGUUACUUAUUUCUUUUAUACAACCAAUUUGUCAUUGAGGGUUUUAUUUGAAGUAGAAUAUAAUAAAUGUAUUUCAUAAAUUCUGUGACACAAGGUGAACCUGCAGAGUAUUAUAAUUCAUAAAUCUGUCUUUGCACAACAUUUUACUGAACUGAAUUAGUGUAAGUGUAGGAUGUCAAAAAGUGUGUCAUGCCUCUAAUAGCUUUUUUCUCUUUUCUUUCAGGGGAUGUAGAGCUCGACAUUGAGUCCCUCUACAAAUCUAUUCCUCAGCUGACUAAGGUUUUCCGCAUUAUUGACAAAAUCGGAGAAGGUACUUGCUCAGUAAAACUUAAUCAUCAUAAUUCAAGUCUGCAGUAUGUCGGCUUAAAGCUACAGGGAGUUUUGGCUGGUCAUGAAACAGACUGAAAUUCAUUUUGAUGCCUUUUUGUAACCAAUUAGCAAAUAAGACCAUCAGUGACAGGAGUGACAAUUUCCAAACUUUAAAUCUGAAUCCCUGAAUUUGUUGUCGCAGCCAACUGCAGGAACAGCUUGUUUUUUUUUAACUGUUACACCUGGCUGUUUGAAGGAAAGAGGAAAACUUUUUAGUUGGUCAGAAAUCAUUGCUUUUACAUGACCACAAUGACAAAGCAGUCAUGUUAUUAGACAUACUGCUUCAUCCACGAUGGGUGCCAGAAUCAACAUAAAUCAAAGUUCCUUGAGAAGUUUUAGGAGAAACAGCUUUUGAAAUUUAUUGGAAUAGAAAAUAUAAUAUGCAAAUGGUGUGUGUACCUUCUCUGUGCCUCAGGAACUUUCAGCUCGGUGUAUCUGGGUGAGGCUCAGAUGAGAGAUGGAAAGAGAGAAAUGUUUGCUUUGAAGCACCUCAUCCCAACCAGUCAUCCUACACGCAUUGCUGCUGAGCUGCAGUGUCUCACUCUGGCAGGGUAUGUCCAAUACUCAUGUAUUUAAGAGGUGAUAUACAUAAGACAUUCAGCUAUGCCCUCAGAGUGUCACAAAUUACUUUUUCAAAGGUAAAUUUGCUCAGGUCAGAUUCUGAAUUUUGAAAUAUGUACAAUUAAAUCAACCAUUUAUUGUUUACUGGUUUGAAUUUAAUGCUGUUUGAUUUGCCAAGAGUCAUUAUUACAGACAUUCUUGCUAUAAUUUUGAACUUCAGAGAAUUAAGACCAAAGAAGCUUUAUGGAAGUUUUUUUUUGUUUCACUUUCAUGUCAUUUUACCUGCUAUGUCUGUUUUCACAUGUGAAUCAUUCAUGUUUGCUUUGUCUGACUGUUGAAAACUUUACUCUUUGUGUUACAGGUAGAGAUUCUUUUCACUUUUUCCUUUGUCUCACCACUUGCUCUGUGACUUUUUUCUUCACACUUUGCAGAGGCAGAGAGAAUGUGAUUGGGGUCACUUACUGCUUCAGGAAGGAAGAUCAUGUGGUGAUUGUCAUGCCUUAUAUGGAGCAUCAACCUAUUGUGGUAUGUACAUUGUUGCACACUAAGAAACAGUCUGUAAUUGAUUCCCCUGACUAUGAAUUAAAGACAAACUUCUGACCCAUUCAAAAUGAUUUCAAUAGGAGAUAAUCGGCUCGCUGAGCUUUGAAGAGGUUCGUCUGUACAUCUAUCACCUGCUGAAGGCUCUUAGACACAUCCACCAGUUUGGUAUCAUUCAUAGGGACAUCAAACCAAACAAUUUUCUGUACAACAGGAGCAGCAGAAAGUGAGUCGUCACACCUUUUUGUGAUAAGUGCAGCUUAUCCCAUCUAGUAUCCAGGCUGCAGUUAAAACUGGAUUCUCAUCGAUUUAUUCAUUUCCCUGUUUUAAAAUGCUGUUGCAGAUAUGCGCUGGUGGACUUUGGCCUGGCUCAGGGCACAGCAGACACCCAGAUUGAGCUGCUGAAGGUGGUGAGGCAGAGGUCUUCACAAAAAGGUGGAGGGUCCACAGGGAAACAAGAAGCGACACAGCGGAGCAGAGCACCUACUAGACUCCCUUCCAAAACCACCACCAACACAACCACUGCUUCAACCUCUCUACCUCCACCUCCACAACGAGCGCCUACUUUACCACUUUCUCCCUCUUCUUCCUCCCCCUCCACGUCUUCCUCAACUUCUCGAAAGGCACUGGUCAAAAAAGCACGUAUUGUCACCACCACUGUUGCCACCUCCACCUCUCGCACAAAGCAUACAAAGGUGUCCGACUCAGCACUAAACUGAUACUUUUAUUCUAAUGUUUUUUUUCCUUUUCUUUCCGUGUGAAAGCACAAUUUUGGAAGAGUGAAAUAAAAAUCCACUAAAAGCCUGAGUCUUGGUUAAGACUGCCCUUUAGUGAUCAAAUAUCUUCCUAUCUGUAUGUUUUUCUUCCUGCUUUUUGCACUAAGGUGUCGAUUUUGACUAAAUUCUUCCUUGCAUGUUUAUUUACUUUAGGAUUUGACAGGACUACGCAAAGUGCCACGACCUGUCUUUGGAGAGAGGAACCUCAACAGCUGCGCACCAGCUCCAUCCACCACUAAACAAUGUGCCAUUAAAACAGAGGUAAGUAAGUGGAGUGUGAAGUUUAAGAACAAGAAGUUUGAGGAAAUUUAUAAGGAAAGACCAGGUUCACUGAUCAUGAGAAAUGAUCAUUCAGUUGUAAAUAGAUGGAGGUUAUAAUUGAGUCAGAGAUUUACUUAGUUAAGGGUGUUCAUAAUGGUUCUUUUUAUUUCUAAGAGUAGUCGUUUUAUUUGAUUACCUUUCAUUCAGCAGGUAAAGUCAAUGAGAACAGAGGACCCAGCCACUCGGAGGCUCUCUGCAGCCAGCAGGGGCCCACUGCCCGUCAGGACUCAGAGCAGCAGCAGUAGCCAGAAACCUCCGAGAACCGUACAGCAGGGUCUCACCUGUAACUGCCGCCUGACGGACCGUGUCUGCAACAUCUGCAUGUCCAGGUAACAGAAAGUGAAGUUCGAGUGGUCCCACUCUAGGCAAUCCUAAAAAGCUACUCUGGACUCAAGAUUCACAGUUUUCUCUCAUUAUAGUUGACCUGUCAGUUGCUCGCUGUGUUGUUUGCCCAAUACUUUCAAGAAUGAUAAACAAACAGUCAAGUUGGUUAAUUAUCUACAAGACGUGAAAAUAUUGAUACUAAUUAACUUUGGCUAAAAGUAAUGUCCAUAAAUUGCAACAAUUGACUCACUUACAGUCUAAAGUCUCAGCACGGUCAACAACAGAUGGGAAAGAAAAACAGCAAAUAAUGUAAUCAAUGAAGUUGGAACUGUUCUGCUUUAAAACCAUUAAAAUGGAAAAUCUGUUUACCAAGAUAUUUGGAAAACUGUAAAAUACAUACAUAUAGAGAUUUGGAGUAAGGUUUAUUUUUGUUUACUGCUUUGUUUUGCUUCAUGUAUACCCCUAUUCAUGGUUUCUUAUUCAACAUAAAGGAAGCAGCAGGUGGCCCCCAGAGCUGGGACUCCAGGCUUUAGAGCACCAGAAGUCCUCACAAAGUGUCCAAACCAAGGCACAGGUUUGUUUCUCACGAACAGACUAACAGCUCACCUUAUAACACAAUUCUUCUUAUUCUCCCUUAUAAUCGAUAACACACACCUGUGUCUUAUUUCUGUACUCCAGCCAUAGACGUGUGGUCAGCUGGUGUGAUCCUGCUCUCUCUGCUCAGUGGACGUUACCCGUUCUUCAAAGCCAGCGAUGACCUGAUUGCCCUCACUCAGAUCAUGACCAUACGAGGCUCCAGAGAGACCAUCCAGGCUGCCAAGGCAUUUGGUGUGUAUUUGUAUUAGUUUUCUGCUAGCCGCAACCCUCAGUCUCAAGAAAUGAAGCCGGUGCGAAAGUGCUGGGAAAAAAAAAUGUAUGGUUUGUUUGAGACUGGCUCUAAAUCCUCUUAAAGACACAUACUCACCCAAUCCAAAGAGCCUUUUCCCAAAAACAUGUUUACAUCCUGGUGCAAAAAAGAAAUUUAGCUCAUAAUUAGCCUCAUGGCACAUCCCUCUAGUGCACACAUCUGACAAGAGAUGAGGUUUUUUUUUUUUUGUAUAACUUACUCGUAUUGAAAAUUAGGGCCCGACCGAUAUGGAGUUUUGUGGGGCUGAUGCCGAUACCGAUUAUUAGGGGGUAAAAAAAAAUCUGAUUACCGAUUAAUCUGCCGAUUUUUAAAAUUUUUAAGAAGUUAUAAAAAAUAUAUAUAUACUGUAGAUAUACUGUAGGCUACGGCUCUUCACGCUGACAGGAAGACCGACUGAUCAAACUCGGACCAGAAACGCAUUUUCAACUGCACUGGAGACAUGCAGCUGCCUCACUAAGAGAAGUAGCUCGAUCACGUAAUAUAUACUGUUGUUAUUCUACCGUUACUAGCACGGCUAACAGUGUAGCAAGGUUAAUAGCAGAUGCCUAACUCUAACUUAAGCUUGCAUAUUACAUGGUGCUUCACCGUGAACUCGGCGUGACCGAGACCAGCACAGCGGGGAACAUUGUGAAGUGGGUUGAACUAAAACUUGACUUAUUGUGUGUUUCACAAACUGGUUUAUUUACCGUUGAGGCGGACCACUCUCCUCCGUGCGUCCCUGAGCUGCCUGCUUCAGAUCCGUCACUCUGCUGUGCUGUGAGGUUGUUAGUGGAUGAAGACUGUCAUGAGAUCGCUGCGCCAUCUACAGGAUAAGUCGGGGGAUCUUUUCGAAGUGAAACCUAAUCUUAUUCUCCACAUUUUAUUUCUGAAAGUAUCGGCGAGUUUUGGCCGAUUACUGAUUAGUCUCAAACGGGCUUCACCGAUAAAUCGCUCAGGCCCUGUUGAAGAUAUUAAGUCCACCAAAUUUGGUUUGAAACAAGCGAGAUGAUGUUUUGAUGAUUUUCAGUGGAACUUUGAGUGAAGAUAGCUAAAUCCAGCUCCACAGUUUUUGACCAUAGACAGUUAAAGUAUGGUGACUGAUCUCUCCCUCUUUGUAAUGUAUAAAGCUGUUGUGUUGUAGUGAAUCUUUUUUUCUUUUUGGUCAAAGGUAAGGCAGUGGUGUGCAGUCGGGAGCUGCCUCGACAGGACCUCAGGACACUGUGUGAGACUCUGAGAGGACGCAGGCCAUCACCCGAUGAUGACGUCACGCCUCUUCCCGAUGCAAACACAGCCGUCUCUCCCCGUCUCAAAAUCCAAGAUGAUACACCAACACAUCGUCCCCCUGAGAGGACAUUAAAGCAACACAAAGAUGCCGAAACUCCUCCGAAACAGCACAUACAGACAGGGAGCAAAGAGACAGUUCACAAACAGAGCUCACAGACUGACUUAGAGGUGGAGGAAAAGGAGCGGGGUUGGGACAGAGUACCUGAUGAGACCUAUGACCUGUUGGACCGGCUGCUGGAUCUGAACCCUGCCACCAGGAUUACAGCUGCUCAGGCCCUGCAGCACCCACUGUUCAAAGACUUGUGAGACAGCGCAGGUUCUAGACCAGAAGUCUCACCUCACCAGAGUUCUCUUGAAUAUUUGAUUCAGGUGGAACAAACAGUUAUGCAAAGACAAAAGGGUUUAUUAUAGUUUUCAACCCGACUCAGAUCGAGUCUGUUCCUUUUUAAGAAAAACUUCUGCUGCCUUUUAUAACACCUUUCUGCAAAACAGACAUCAGAGACGUGAUGUGCCUAUGGGGGGAAAUCUGCAGAACAGAAGAGAGAUGUGAUAGACUUUGUGUUUGGCAUCAUUCCUCUCACUUCAUUCUGCAUAGAUAUUUAUGUUAUCCAAGACAGACUCGACUUGCUGGUUCACAAACCUGCGUGUAUGUAUUAAUGUUUGCUUUUCAUGGCAGCUGCAGUACAAAGUACUUUGGGAUUGGGUAUUUAAUAUGGAUGUGGAUGUGUGCCGUUACUGAUAUAAAACCACGACUGGAAGAAUUUCAACCUGAGGCAAUAUUUAGGCAGACAGUUGAUUUGAUGUUAAGUGACACAUGAUCAACUUUGGUUUUUCUUCAAGGACAAAAUCUAAUUAAUAAAAUAACAUUUUCUAACAGGUGAAAAACUGCCUGUAAACAAUAUCACCAGAAAGUGUCUCUAAAGCAGUGGUUUUUGGAUGUUUCCCUGCUCCAACACACCUGAUUCAAAUGAUCAUCUCGUUAUCAAGCUCUGUAAUGGCUUAAUAACGAGCUGAUCAUUUGAAUCAGGUGUGUUGAGGACUGGACUUGAGAGCCACUGUUUUAAAGUAAGAGAGGACUUUUGUUUUGAAAGUGUGUAUGAGUUGUAUGUGUUUUUAAGAAUGUAUGAAGAAUGCAGCUGUAUGAAAGUAAAUGUUUUAGUCUCAUUAAAUUAUAAUACUGGGAAAUGUACAGUGUAAAUUUGAAUUUUCUAAUAAAAGAAAACAAAAGAAUAGUGAGUGUAAAAUACCAAGUAUUUCCAAACAUGCAUAUAAAAUAAUUCAGAAAUAAAUAUUUGAAAAGCAC